AAAGCCGAGGAGAGGCCCGCCAAGGAAGGAUCCUCCGGGGCGCCUCAUCAAAGAGGCCAAGGUUGGAGAGUAAAGACCAACUUGGCAUUUUUCGUGCCGACAAGCCCUAGGCCCCAUAACUUAUGGUCGGAGACCGACCUUUGCUUGCAGGGGACAGUGCUCUCAAUGAUGUGAAAGUUGGUGCCGCCAUCUCUACCAUCGUUCUUUUGCUGGCUAAUAUCAACUGAAUGGCCGAGCUAGCUGAGUAUAAGAAUUAUGCGCUAAUGAUGCAGCACUGUGUUUUGGCCAUUCAGCAAGGUCACUCAUUUGCAAUUAAGGCCGAGGCGUUUAAGAAGGAGUUGACUGACAAGAUAAAAGAGGCAACCAAGCUCAUUUCUUUGCUAAACCAGGCCGAGGCUUGCAUCCGAGGUCUGUUUGAUCAGGCUAAGGCUACCAAAGCGGCCCAAAACAAAGCCGAAGACCGUGCUGAAGUGGCUGAAAAUGUUGCUGAGGUCGUUAAGGCUAAAGUAAAGGAGGCUAAGGAGAAAAAGGCCCAGGCCUAGAUCGAGCUCCAAACAACACUUGUCAUAAAAGUAGCUGAAAUCAAAACAUCCGACGAGAAGGCAUAUGCCGAAGGGGUAGCUGAUGUCCGUGAUGCCUAUAAGAAGCGAGUCAAUCAGGUGUGUAACAAGGGUUAUACCCUUGGCUGGAUGGCUGCUUUGAAGGAGUUGGUCAUCCCGGACGACUCGCCUCAUUGGGAUGCUAGCUGACUUGUCAUACCAUUUCCUCUUCCUCCAAGCCAAUAUGAGAAUAAGGCUGAGGGGGAAAAAAAAACCGAGGCUGAAAUCGAUGCUGAAGAAUCUGCUGGGGCCAAGUCUCCCACUUUGAAUAAGCAAGUCCUAGACUUGACAUAGGAUAAAGAAGAGGUUAAGGUCCUAAAAAAUAUCUCCGCUGAGAAAGCCGCAUCUGAGGCCAAGAUUGUUUCUGCCAAGAAGAGUAUGAACCAGACCCUUCUUGAGAUUGAUGCCGAGAUAGCGGUCGAGAAAAUGGGAGCUCUACCAACCAAGGCCGACACAAUGGCAAUAGCUGAGGUUCAGCAAUCCGAAGUUAACACCAAUGUUUCCAGUACUUAGGAUUUUCUCUUUACAUGUACUUUUUUCUUAGACAGUUGUACCUUUUUGGCAAUUUUAACAAUGACAAUUUUAUUUUGGCCAAUGUGGCCUCUGCUCUGUAAUUGAACA